AUGAAUUUAUUACUUAAGAAAAAAGUGGUAAAAGUGAAGUUUGGCAAAGUUUUAUGUAAAAAUUGUGAUCAAAUUUGUACUUAUUUACAAAAAUCUGAAACUUCACAUUUAUUGCAUCAUUAUUGUGCUUCUUCUAGUAAUCAAUUAAAAAUUACAACAUUUUUAUCUAAAAAAACUAUUCCAACAAAUAUUAAGGAAUUAACUAUAAAUAAAUUAGUUAAUCUU